AUGUCUCCCUCCGCCACAGGCACUUUCUCCGCGCCGCCGCAGGUUCACUCGUUUGACGGUGUGCUGUCCGACUUUGAUGGAACAAUUGUGGACUCGACCGAUGCAAUUAUCAAGCACUGGCACCUAAUUGCUAGUGAACUGGGUGUCGACCCAGAGACCAUCCUAGCCACCUCACAUGGCCGACGAAGCAUCGACACCAUGCAACUAUACGACCCCAGCAAGGCUAAUUGGGAGUACGUCAACUUCAUUGAAGGCCGAAUCCCGAAAGAAUACGGCUCCGACGCCCGUGAGAUCCCUGGCGGCCGGGAUCUGCUCAACGCACUGGAGAGCUCAGGCGCCCGCUGGGGCGUUGUGACGUCCGGCACACGCGCGCUGAUUGACGGCUGGCUGGAAGUGCUAGGCCUGACACAUCCCAAGAUGCUGGUGGUGGCGGAGGACGUGGAGCUGGGCAAGCCCGACCCUCGCUGCUACCUGCUGGGCCGGAAGAAGCUGGGCCUCGAGCACUCUUCGUCGAUUGUGGUGCUGGAGGAUGCGCCUUCAGGGAUCAAGGCCGGCAAAGCAGCCGGGUUCAAGGUCGUUGCGCUCACUACGACCCACUCGCUGGAGCAACUCCAGGCUGCCGGUGCCGACUGGAUCGUUGAGGACCUGCGCAGCAUUUCCAUCAAGAGCGUCGAGGAUGGUCGCGUCCAGCUUGAGAUCAAGAAUGCCUAUCAAUAG